UGCACAGACCAACCGCCACCACCCGGAAACUGCCAGUCAGCUGCCAGGAAGCAGAGGCUGUUAGCUGCUAGCUAACGCUGCCACUCGUCCGGUGGUUUGUCACGAAACAGCGGAACGGCUGCUCUUCAGAAACCGAACAUCCCACUCAGACUGAACAUGAAGGCCGCGUGUCUGCUCGAGGUUUUCGCUGUGGCUUGUUUUGUGCUGUUAAGCCAAGCGACAGCAAAGAAUCCCGAAGACAUCCGCUGCAAAUGCAUCUGCCCACCAUACAGAGAUAUCAAAGGGCAAAUCUACAAUCAAAAUGUCUCUCUCAAAGACUGUAACUGUCUCCAUGUAGUUCAGCCAAUGCCUGUGAAUGGAAAUGAUGUGGAGGCGUACUGUUUACGUUGUGAGUGUAAAUUUGAAGAGAGGAGCUCGGGAACCAUUAAGUUCACCAUCAUAAUGUACCUCUCCAUUUUGGGACUGCUGCUGCUCUACAUGGUCUACCUGACUCUCCUGGAGCCCAUAUUAAAGAGGCGUCUGUUCGGACACUCGCAGCUCAUCCAAAACGACGAUGAUGUCGGGGACCAGCAGCCUUUUGCCAACGCUCACAACGUGCUGUCGCACUCACACUCUCGACCCAACAUGCUGAACAAAGUGGAGCACGCCCAGCAGCGCUGGAGGAGGCAGGUCCAGGAGCAGCGGAAGUCUGUGUUCGACCGCCAUGUUGUUCUCAGCUAAAACUGCAGCGUGAGCAGGAGUUACUGAUGCAGGAGGAAAAAAAGAAAACAACAAAAAAAACACUGUGAAGAGCCCUCAAUUUCUAUCACUUUUUUUCUCUCAUUUGUUGUUGUUUGUAUCUCAUCAAGUGUGAUGCAUCUAAGGUAAACAUGGUGGGGAAAAGGGUCCUCUUCAGAUGGGUAAUAAAAGCUGGGCACUUUUUUAUAGUCUGCAGGCAGCCCAAGAGAUUAAAGUGAAUUCAGUCUUUUCUUUUUGCACAAUCUUGAAUGAAGAGUCUUAAAUAACGUUUCCAAAAAAGCAGAAUUCAAUCCACCUGCGGUCUAGUUUGCAGAAGUGCCAAGUCACCAGAGAAUUCGAAAUUAAAAACAUUGAUGGCCAAGACUAAUAAAUGGGAGAUGAAAGCAAAAACUUUCAAGUAGAUAUUUUCUUCACUCACUCUCUAUGCAACCUGUCAGAUGACGUCCCAUCAGUCCAAAGCGGACUUUCAAUUUUAUAAGCCAAAAUAGCUUUCAGGCUGAAACAUCCAGAUGUUGGUUGGUGCCACUUUUCAUGGCUGGAUAACUGGCGGCAGUCCUGAAAAGUGAGCAUGUAGAUGGUGGGUGUUUUCAAUCCAAAAGCUAAUAUACAACUUGGAACUAACUGCUCUCACCACAGGGGAAAAGAACUAGUGUAAUAAAAUAGAAAUCUGUCAGCCUUCUUUGACAAAAUGCAUGUUUUAUAAUAUAUCUUUUAUAAACAUGUUUCCAAUCCUGUACUCCUACCGCUAUGUUUAACGUCUGCUAACUGGUGUGACAUCCAUCAAUUCAUGCAUUUACAUUAAAUUUUAUGUUUGUAAGUAGUUUCACUGAACCUUGUUGCAGAAAUCGUAUGCAAUUUCUUGGUGAUGUCUUAGUGAACGUAGCUGUGCUAUUGAUCCUCAUCGAAGACCCCGUUGAAAUCAGUGCCCUCUUCAAAUGUGUAGUGUUUUAUUUUGUCCCUUCUUUGUGCUUGGUCUACAACCGAAUUUCACAUUAAAAGUCCCUGUUACGGGAGAGCUGUGUUUUUUCGAGCUCAUAGAAGUUUUAUUUUGUGAGUAGCUGGGCUGUGUACAUGAGCAGGGUGAAUGAAGAAACAUGGGUGGAAGAUGUUUUUGAAAGUGUUCUUGACUAUUGUACAUGUGAUACCUUUAACUUUGAAAUAAAUUCAUGUAAUAAUUGUGAUUCAUA